CUCGCGGGCCCGCAGCGCCGUGACCCGGCCCGGCCUCCAGCCGCGCGGGCGCCCGGCUCGUGGCGGAGGCCCGGUCGUGGCUCUGUCCGUUGCUCGCCGUGGGCAGGUCCCGCACGCUGCAACCUCGUGCGGGGGGCCGGGGGGCGGCGGGGGGCGGCGGCCCCGGGGAAGGAGUCAGCUCCCGCCUCCGCCGCCCCGGAGCCCCGGGCCGCCUUUCUCUCUCCGCGCCUCCGCUGCGGCCGGGCGUUUGGUCUGCAGCCUUCUAGGGGAGCGGGUAGGCGAGGCUGGGAUGGGCCGGCCGGCCCGGCCCUAGGCGGUGCUGUGCAGAAAGCGGUUUCUGCAGUCAAACCCCCAAGUUAGGCUGCUUCUGCGCCCUCUAAGAACCCGGGCUCGCGACCCUUCCACACACGCUUAGAAUUGACAGCAAGGGAAAUCGACUCUGCUGUGUCCUGAAGGUCAGAUAGUCUUUCUUGGCGAGCUUCGCGUGGGUCUCUGGGGCUUUGGACCAUCUCUUGGUGACACACGGUUUCCAAGCUCGUGCUUCCAUGCACGUAGAGGUUCUGCCGGAGACUUACAUUUGGCCUCAAUGUGAAAUUUAAGUAGAAUAUCACAUCUGCGUGUGUCACUCUCAGGAUGUUGAUUCAUCGGCCGUGCCUGAAGAGGGAAGUUCUGUUCGAGAUGGCUGAUUAACAGCAAAAUCAAUGCAGAUCCUAGAUGUCAGGCGGCCCUCUGCUUGACUGGAGUGAAAAAUCCUCUUCUGAGACCACCAGAACAUCAGCUGCAAACAAUGCCCCACGCUCUAAGGAUGUCGGCAACCUGAGUCCAUGCGCCCUGUCUGCACUGUCGCUGUGGAUGGUUCACCAUCUGGAGGCUCCCCAGGCUCCUCUCCCGGCUCCAGACCUGUUUCUGAGAUGUCUCUGCUUCAUGCUUUGGGCCCAGUGCAGACCUGGCUGGGACAGGAGCUAGAGAAAUGUGGCAUUGAUGCCAUGAUCUAUACUCGCUACGUCCUCAGUCUUCUGCUGCACGACAGCUAUGACUACGACCUACAGGAACAGGAGAAGGACAUCUUCCUGGGCUGGGAAAAAGGAGCUUACAAGAAAUGGGGAAAGAGGAAGAAGAAGUGCUCGGACCUGACUCUGGAGGAGAUGAAGAAGCAGGCUGCUGUCCGGUGCCUCCGCUCGGCCUCUGACGAAAGCUCCGGCAUCGAGACUUUGGUGGAGGAACUCUGCUCCAGACUGAAGGACCUUCAAAGUAAGCAAGAAGAGAAGAUUCACAAAAAGUUAGAGGGCUCUCCCUCUCCAGAGGCAGAAUUAUCCCCAACAGCGAAGGAUCAGGUGGAAAUGUACUAUGAAGCGUUUCCACCCCUUUCCGAGAAGCCAGUCUGCCUUCAGGAGAUCAUGACCGUGUGGAACAAGUCCAAAGUCAGUUCUUACUCCAGUUCUUCGUCCUCAUCCACAGCACCCCCGGCAAGUACUGAGACAUCCUCUCCCAAGGACUGCAACAGCGAAGGGGAAGCCGUCCGGGAGCGAGGCAGUGCGGCACCUGCCACCACGCAUGAGCAAGCCCGCAGCAGAAACGAGAGAGAGAACAAGGCCAGCAACAGCACCGGCGAGGAGAAGCCUGCCCCGUACCGGAAGCAGGGCCGGCACAGAGCCGAAGGAAAGGCGCGACCGCGGUCGUGGUCCUCAGGCUCGAGCGAGGCAGGCUCCAGUUCAAGCGGCAACCAGGGCGAAUUCAAAGCAUCCACCAAGUGUGUGAAAGUAAGACACAAGACACGGGAAGUGCACAGCAAGAAAGGGCGGCACGGGCAAGGCCGGCUUCCCCUGGCGCACGGCGAGAAGGCAGAGCGGAGCCUUCCCGCCGCUGGCAAGCGGGGGCAGAGACCGUUCAAGGACGCCGGGAGGAAGGACACCGGGGGCAGUGAGAGCCGAGACCUGCCUGCGGAAAGCAGGAGCGACCGCGAGUACAAGGAGGAACCACUGUGGUACACCGAGCCCAUUGCUGAGUACUUCGUUCCUCUGAGCAGGAAAAGUAAACUGGAGACCACAUACCGGAACUGCCCAGACGCACGUGACCUGGCGGCAGAGGCGGCGGGAGAGCUGUCGGAGUCAGUGCAGGGUCUCCACGGCGGCGGCCACGAUGCCCAGCCAACAUACCUCGCAGCAGGCACUUUCAUUGAUGGUCACUUUGUAGAAAUGCCUGCGCUUCUAAAUGAGGACAUUGCCCUCACGGGGACCUCGCUCUGUUCUCUGCCAGAGGACGACAAAUACUUGGAUGAUAUUCAUCUAGCAGAAUUAACGCACUUCUAUGAAGUGGAUAUUGAUCAAUCCAUGUUGGAUCCUGGUGCCUCAGAAACAAUGCAAGGAGAAAGUCGGAUAUUGAAUAUGAUUCGACAAAAAAGCAAAGAGAAAACAGAUUUUGAGGCAGAAUGUUGCAUAGUGUUAGAUGGGAUGGAGUUGCAAGGGGAACGUGCAAUAUGGACAGAUCGUACCAGCUCCGUGGGGGCCGAGGGGCUCUUCCUGCAAGACCUCGGCAACCUGGCUCAGUUUUGGGAGUGCUGUUCGUCCAGCUCUGGAGAUGCUGACGGAGAGAGUUUUGGAGGAGACUCUCCCGUUAGACUCUCCCCUGUCUUGGACGGCACCGUGCUCAGUCCGCAUUUGCUUGCUGGCAAUCAAGAGCUCUUUACAGAUAUUAAUGAAGGAUCUGGUAUAAACUCUUGUUUUUCAGUGUUUGAAGUGCAAUGCAGUAAUUCUGUUUUACCUUUUUCUUUUGAAACACUCAACUUGGGAAAUGAAAAUACGGAUUCUAGUGCUAAUAUGCUUGGGAAAACGCAGUCUAGGCUGCUAAUAUGGACCAAAAAUAGUGCCUUUGAAGAAAAUGAACACUGUUCUAAUCUUUCGACAAGGACUUGUAGCCCGUGGUCCCAUUCAGAAGAAACACGCUCAGACAACGAGACAUUGAAUAUUCAGUUUGAAGAAUCCACGCAGUUUAAUGCAGAAGAUAUUAAUUAUGUAGUUCCUAGCGUUUCCUCAAAUUAUGUAGAUGAAGAACUUCUAGAUUUUUUGCAGGACGAAACUUGCCAGCAAAAUAGUAGAACUUUAGGAGAAAUUCCUACCUUAGUUUGCAAAACCAGAUCGAAACUAGAAUCUGUCUGUGGUAUUCAGUUAGAACAAAAAACGGAAAAUAAACCCUUUGAAGCGACACAGGUGUGUCAUGAAGGCAGCCCACCCGGAGGGGGCUACAGCUCAGGGGUGAUCAAAGAGAUUUGGACAAAGAUGGCAGAUAGGAAUUCUGUAGCUGAGGUGGACAGAGAGAGAAUGGGUGACGCGCUGUUCCCCGCAGAUGUCAAUAACUACUGCUGCUGCCUGAAUGCUGAAGCGGAGCCGGAGGCCCUCCAGGAGCCUCGCAGGGCUGUGCAGAGGUCCGAGUACCGCCUUUGGGAGGGCCAGAGAAGCACCCUGGAGAAAAGGGCUUUUGAUUCCGGGGAGCUGUCGAAGGUGGACGGAGGUGAUUACACCACCCCCUCGAAGCCUUGGGACAUGGCCGAGGAGAAAGAAAGCGCGUUUAUUCUUGGAGGAGUUUAUGGAGAAUUCAAACCUUUCCAUAGCGACGGGGAGUGGGCACUCGUGCCGCCCGGUCACACAAAGGGAAGCUUGCUGCAGUGUGCAGCUUCCGAUGUGGUGACGAUAGCGGGCACAGACGUCUUCAUGGCCCCAGGAAACAGCUUCGCUCCUGGACACAGGCAACUAUGGAAACCCUUCGUGUCAUUGGAGCCAAACGAUCCGCCGAAAAACGCAGGGGGGAACGGAUUAAACAAGGGAUUUUCUUUUAUCUUCCAUGAAGACUUCCUUGGAGCCUGUGGUAACUUCCAGGUUGAAGAUCCCGGACUUGAAUAUUCAUUCUCUUCCUUUGACUUAAGCAAUCCAUUUUCACAAGUUCUUCAUGUGGAGUGCUCCUUUGAGCCUGAAGGGAUUGCCUCUCUCAGCCCUAGUUUCAAACCGAAGUCAAUCCUCUGCUCUGAUUCCGACAGUGAAGUUUUCCAUCCCAGGAUAUGCGGUGUCGACCGAACACAGUACAGGGCUAUUCGGAUCUCUCCUCGGACUCACUUCCGCCCAAUUUCUGCUUCCGAACUGUCUCCAGGAGGGGGGAGUGAGUCGGAAUUUGAAUCUGAGAAAGACGAAGCAAAUGUUCCCAUUCCUUCUCAAGUUGACACGUUUGAAGAUCCCCAGGCAGACCUCACACCCCUGGAAGAAGACGCAGAGAAAGAAGGCCAUUAUUACGGAAAGACGGAGCUCGAGUCGGGGAAAUUCCUUCCCAGGUUAAAAAAAUCCGGGAUGGAAAAGAGUGCUCAGACAUCCCUGGAUUCGCAGGAGGAGUCCUCCGGGACCCUGCCUGCAGGGAAGCAGGGUCAGUGUUUGGAGUGCAGCCUGAAUGAGUCUCUGCAGACUGAUGAGGAACACUCAGAAGCAAACUGUAAAAUAAUGGCACAGUGUGAGGAGGAAAUGAAUAAUUUUUGCAGUUGCAGAGCAGGGUGCCAGUUUCCCGCUUAUGAAGACAACCCGGUGUCUUCAGUCCAGCUGGGAGAGUUGCCCAUGUUGCACACCGAGGAGCUCGGCGCCUCCAGACGCCCCGAGAAGCAGAGCUGGUGGGAGAAGGCCCUGUACUCGCCGCUCUUCCCCGCGUCCGAGUGCGAAGAAUGUUGUACAAAUGCCAAGGGAGAGAAUGGUCUAGAAGAAUUGCCAGACGUUAAAGAGAUGCCCAGUAAUGAAGAGCGUCUGUUAGAUUUUAAUAGGGUGUCUUCUGUCUGUGAAGCAAGGUGUACAGGAGACAGGCGCUCCGGGGCCAAAGCCAACGGCUUCUGCAGAAAGCUGUGCUCGAGCGCCAGCUCUGGCUCGGAGGACACAGCCUCGGACGGUGGGGCCGAGUGGGCCGAGCCCAUUGGCCAGAUCUUCUCUCGGACUCAUCUCUAGCCCAGAGCAGCGCUGGCCCACCCAGAGAGGCGCUGUUAAUCCCAGACAACUUCGGUUUCCUCUUCACUCGCCGUCCGCCAUCGCGAUACUCUUUCUCUUCUUGCUUCCUUUAGCGUGAGGACAGCUAUCGUGGUGAAGAUUCUUUCCCAAGCUGUUGAGUCUUGGCUCUUUGAAAUAGACUAGAUCGUGUUGUCCAGUGCAGAGUGGGGGUGCAUGUGCUUGUCCUCCGACAGCCCUUCCGCAUCUGCGCCAAGCGCGCCAGCCUCCAGCCCUCACCUGAGAACUGGGAUGGAAGUGCGUGCCUGCGAUGGAGCGGGCCUUCUGGAGGCAGGAGGGGAGCGCGGGCGUCUCGGCCAGGGUCUGUGGGCAUGGCGAGGGCGGCCACAGAAGCAUCGUGGAGGAGACGAUGUCCGUGACCGCCAAGGAUUUGGGGUGUGGGCGCACAGCCGAGUGGGGCUCGAGUCACCCACGUGUUGUCACUGCAGUUUAUUUCUCCAGACGCCGUCCAGGGUGAUUGUGGUGGGUCUUAAAAUGCAAUGAGAGCAUGGCUUGCAGGUCACAUUUCCAGUCAUCUUCAGUCCACUGAGGCCCUCUAGACUGGACGUUGUCAGCGGCCCCCCAGCACCCCAAAGAAACCCUGGCUGCUGCAGCUUGUCACUGUGUCUGUGGCUGGUCAGAGCGUGGAUCCCUUUUGUGUUUGAGAGUGCCUGGGCAUAGGGUGUGUGGGUGGGUGUCUGUGAGCAUGUGUGAAGGGGUGUGUCUGCGGGCGUGUGUGGGGGCGUGUGAGGGGGUUGUGUGGGUGGGUGGGGGUGGCAGAGCAGCCUUUGUUCCUGCUGGUGUGAUUGCGCCCUGGGAGCCAUGGGACUGCCUUUCUGUCUCACGUAGGAACCCAGCGUCAGCACCUUCUGUUAGGAACCCAGUGUCAGCACCUUCCCUUAGGAACCUAGUGUCAGUACCUUGUGUUAGGAACUCAGCAUCAGCACCUUCCCUUAGAAACCCAGCAUCAGUACAUUGUGUUAGGAACCCAGCAUCAGCACCUUUCGUUAGAAUCCAAGCGUCAGUACAUUGUGUUAGGAACUAAGCAUCAGCUCCUUCCCUUAGGAACCCAGCAUCAGUACCUUGUGUUAGGAACCCAGCGUCAGCACCUUCUCUUGGGAACCCAGCAUCAGUACUUUGUGUUAGGAACCCAGUGUCAGCACCUUCUGUUAGAAACCCAAAGUCAGUCCCUUCCAUUAGGAACCCAGCGUCAGUACCUUGUGUUAGGAACCCAGCGUCAGUCCCUUCCCUUAGGAACCCAGCGUCAGUACUUUGUGUAAGGAACCCAGUGUCAGCACCUUCCCUUAGGAACCCAACAUCAGCACCUUCUGUCCUGGCCCUCUCUGUCCCCAGUGCUCCUCCAGCUGCAGGCCACAGUGGCGGGCUAAAGCUCGGAGGAGCUGUUAGCAGAACCUGAGCAUUUUGCGUUGUCUUGGUUUAACCAACCAGCUCACUGUUGGUUUGAGACGUUCCCACCGUGUGAAGUCAGCGUAGUGUGUGGGGGGCCAGGAAGUCUCCCAGGUAUCCCUCGGCCGCAGGAAGCGUGCACUGGCCAGGCUGAGAACAGACGGUCUGCUCUGCGCACUGCGCGCCGCUGCCUCUCUCCCAGAAGACGACACUGCUGACUUCAGCUGGGCAGGGUCCCCGGGGUCCCCGCAGGCACUGGGGUCUCUGCAGCGCAUCCUCUGACUCUUCCAAGUGGGGUGUGUGUGUGCGUGCGUGCGCCGUGUGGAAGGUUUUACGUUGCUGUUAUUUAUUUACAGACUUUAAGGUUUUAUGUAUUUUUCUUCUGGAGCUUCCUAAGAAUUGAUCAGCAUCUGCACUGAAAUAUAAUUUAACAGCUAAGGGCAAAAAACAAAUUGGAAGUUGUAAAUCCUUCGAGUGGCCAUGGUGAUGGUCACCCUAGCUGUGGUUGCUUAUAGCAGAGACCAAAUGCACUCCGGCCCGGCCUCGGGCACCCUUCCUCGGGGAAGGCGAGGCACGGACGGGGCAGGUCAGCUGUUUGUGUUCCUCACUCUGUGGCUGAGGCCUGGCGGCUUCCAGCGGCAGUUGAGAGUUUGGGUUGUUGUUUUGGUUUUUCUUUUCUUUUUCUUUCUUUCCUUAUUAUUUUUUUCUUUCUUUCUUCCUUUUUUUUUUUUUUGUGAAUGAUCACAAAGAAAAAGCAUUGUUGAAAAAAUUGGCCAAACGCUGAGACGCACUGUGGUACGAGGCGCGUUGCGUAGCGUGGCGCUGGGGGACGGUUUCCGCCUGGAGACUUGUCUUCCCUGUGGUUGUACCGUUCUGAUUUCACGUACACCAGAGUAACUGAUUUUUUUGUUUUCUUGUGGAGUUAACACCAAAUAAAAAAACAAAAACCCUUUAAAA